CCAACUUAACCCUAUUUGUGUUUUCCCCCCUGUAGGUUUAACGUAACUUUUUUGGGAUUAAAGCUGUUUCUAUCAAGAUGGCGAACAACAGGGAUGCGGAUGAGAGCACCCCUCUAUUGGACUCAGGUGACAGUCCUUCACCACCAUCAGUCUUCCAGGGAAGGAGACUUGCGUGUGCAACUGUCCUGCUUGCUGAAUCACUGGAAAGGAUUGCUUUCUACGGCAUCACGUCCAAUCUGGUUCUGUUUCUUAAUGGUACUCCUUUUUAUUGGCAAGGAACGCAGGCGAGCCAGGCUCCUCUGGUGUUCAUGGGAAUAACAUACCUGAUUUCACCUUUUGGAGGCUGGUUGGCAGACGCAUACCUUGGGAAAUUUUGGACUAUUGCCUCAAGUUUGAUCCUGUAUUUUAUUGGCAUGCUGUUUUUCCCUUUUAUUUCAAACAACAAUACAAGAAUACACCUAUGCGGAGAAGAGAAAGCGUUUCCAGUGCAACCUCCUGAAUGCACAAACGGCACCUCUCUAUCUAGUAAAAACUGCCCCAUCCGUGACCCAUAUUGUAGCCCAGUAAUCUAUACUGGACUCUUCUUAAUUGCACUAGGUGUGGGUACUGUGAAGUCCAACAUCACUCCAUUUGGAGCAGAUCAGGUGAAAGACAGAGGACCCGAGGCCACUCGCAGAUUUUUUAACUGGUUCUACUGGUGCAUCAAUUUAGGAGCCAUUCUAUCUCUGGGCGGUGUGGCCUACAUUCAGCAAAAUGUAGGCUUUGAGGCUGGCUACAUCAUCCCCACUGUGUGCCUCGGCGUGUCCUUCCUGGUGUUCCUUGUGGGACGAACAGUUUUCAUCAAAAAACCUGCUGAUGGCAGUGCCUUUUCAGACAUGUUUAAGAUCCUUGGCUUUGCCUGCUGUUCAAAGAAACCAAAGGAGCCCAACUUGCUUUGCAACAAACCAGCUCUACUUGAUAGUGCAAAAGUGAUCUAUGGUGGAAAGUUUCCAGAGGAAAAAGUGGAGGAAGUAAAAGCUUUGGUGAAAGUCCUUCCAGUUUUCUUUGCUCUUAUUCCAUACUGGACUGUGUACUUCCAGAUGCAAACAACAUACGUCCUGCAGAGCCUCCAUCUGAGGAUUCCCGACACGCCCUCAAACAUCUCUGACAACUCUAAUAUGAAGUUCCGCUUCCCGGCUGCGUGGCUCACUAUGUUUGACGCAGUGCUCAUCCUUAUGCUGAUUCCUCUUAAAGACAAAGUGGUGGACCCCAUCCUGAAGCGCCGGGGCCUGCUGCCCUCCUCUCUGAAGAGGAUUGCUGUGGGGAUGUUCUUUGUAAUGUCAUCUGCCGUGGCAGCAGGUAUUUUGGAGUCCAAACGCCUGGAGCUGGUCAAAUCAAAUGGUACCAUAGACCAGGUGCUCGGCAAAGUUGUCUACCACGCAGCGGAUUUACCCAUAUGGUGGCAGGUGCCUCAGUAUGUGCUGAUAGGAAUCAGCGAGAUCUUUGCCAGCAUUGCAGGUCUUGAGUUUGCCUAUUCUGCAGCCCCCAAGACCAUGCAGAGCGCCAUCAUGGGGCUCUUUUUCUUCUUCUCAGGGAUUGGCUCCUUUGUGGGCUUCGGUUUGCUGGCUUUUGUCUCCCUGCCUGAGAUCGGCUGGAUGUCAUCCUCCAUAGACUUUGGUAACAUCAAUGAAUGCCAGCUGCACUACUACUUCUUCCUCCUGGCAGGCAUCCAGGGCGUCACCUUGCUGGUUUUCCUUAUCGUCUCUGUCAAGUAUGACAGGCAGAAAGUCAGAGUAGGAAGUAUGCGGCAGAGACACACCUCCUCUUGACCUCAGCACACUUCCCAGUGACCCCCCCCCAAGAACUCCUGCCUUCUGACACAAA